CAGUACAAGAUUUGGAAAAUGCGACUGCCAGCAUUUUUUAGUCUUGCGAGAGUCUUUGAACGUAGCAUAGACGGUAACUCCUUGCCCCUGGGAAAUCAGCAGCUGUCACAUUUCUGAGUUACAAACGACACGUUCUUUCGUGUUUCAAAGCAUGGCACGUGGGCACCAGAAAAUUCAGUCCCAGCAGAAAAAUGCCAAGAAGCAGGCAGAAAUGAAGAAAGCCAAAGGUCAUGAUCAGAAAACGGCCGCCAAAGCAGCUCUGGUGUUCACCUGCAGUGUCUGCAAGUCACAGAUGCCAGACCCCAAAACCUUCAAGCAACACUUCGAGAGCAAGCAUCCCAAAUCCCCCCUGCCCCCGGAGCUGGAGGGAGUGGAGGCAUAAACAACCUGGAUUUGAUAAUGAAGCCUCCGAUUUAGCUCUGACCGCGCCGACAAGAAAUGAUUUGACGUUGCCAACAUGACCGCCUCCUGGAAGUCCACUGCUACCUAUGUGCUUAUGUUUAAUGACAUGCACCACUAAAUCCAACUGGGGUGUGACUCCAGGGCCAAUGUAAACCUGUACAUUCAAUAGGCCCAGUCUCACUGCCUUCAUGUUUUUUACGCCUAUUUCUUCUAUUGCUUUGAAGGAACAAUCAAACAUUAACUACAUCCCAGAUUAGAUAAAGUGACUUAUCCUAACAAAGCAAAUUGGUUUGGCUUGGGUGGAAAAUUCAUGCGUUUGUCUUUGCUGCUGUUAAAAAUGACCUAGUUUAUUUUAAUUGUACUUUGAGUGUUCUAAUCAAAUGGAGGCCUGCACACUGUAAAUCCUCCCAGCAGCUCUGUGUGCCCUGCUGUACUGCAAUCGUCCAUCCAGCUAAUCAGAAAUUCACGCUUGGUUGUAAAAUGUGAAACUUUGCCAGCUGCCCAAGCUGCUGCACAGAUUGUUAGUAAAUUAAUUGAUAGUGGAGAUUGCUGGCAAUAUCUAUGUGCCUGUAAAAUGAAUGUACGCUCCAAUAAUGUAUCAUACCAUUUUAAUAAAACUUACUUUG